AUGCCUGCCCUGAAGCCACAUGGAAGUUCUUGCCCAAUCCUGAUCUCUGAUCAGACCAUCACUCCACUGAAUAACACCAAGCACUUACUGGUGUCGGCUUACAUGGACCAGAGAAAGAAAGAGUUCGACAUACGCAUCAUUGGCAUAUUUAAACGAGACUCCAUCCAACCUCUUCACUGCCUUUUCUGCUGUGUUAGCAGUUUGAGUGAAACUACUCCAGCCACGGUUUUACCCCACUCGGACCACUUUGGUUUCCCCUUCGGUGCUACGGAUGUCGUGUGUCGGAUUCCUCCAAAGUGUGACGACGCAACACAUGUCACUCUUGUGACUGAAGCCAAAGUGGAGGAGCGACUCGACCAUAUUUGGCUUCCAAUAAGAAACAGAAAGGAAGAGAGAAGGUUCAACUUCACUGUCUGCAUCUCCAGCCUGUUUGGAAACUACAGCAAUGUCCUUCAGUAUGCACAAACUCUGGAGAUGUACAGGUUACUUGGUGUGGACAGGGUGGUGAUCUACAACACCAGCUGCAGCGCGGACCUUGACCGCCUUUUGCAGAGUUACAGCAAAGAAGGUUUUGUGGAAAUAGUUCCUUGGCCCAUCGACAAGCACCUGAAGCCAUCUCGUGGCUGGAAGUUCUCCGAACAUGGAGGGGACCUGCAUUACUUUGGCCAGCUCGUAAAGCUUAACGAAUGCAUCUACAGAUCAAUGGAGCGCUCACGCUAUGUCCUGUUGAACGACAUAGACGAGAUCAUAAUGCCAUACCAGCACAAUAACUUGACAUCUCUGAUGAGAAACCUGGAAAAAUCACAUAAAAAUGUUGGAGUGUUCCUCAUUGAGAACCACAUCUUUCCCACAGAGCACAUUGAGCCAAGUCACAGGUUUCACCUUCGUCAGUGGGCUAGAGUUCCCACAGUUAAUAUUCUAAGGCACAUCCACAGGGAAGAACCUGACAGAAAUUUAUACCAACGAAAGAAGAUGAUAGUUCAGCCAAGGUCGGUGGUACAGACUUCAGUGCAUGAGGUGCUUGAGAAAUUUGGAGAACAGCACCAUGUUCCUUCAGAAGUCUGUCGGCUCAUUCACAUCCGCGAGGGCUCGCACAAAUCACUGCGGCAGCUUCAUGAGGACAGACGACUUUGGGAUUUCCAGGAAAAACUCAUCCCCAAUGUAGACAUGGUGCUGAAGAGAGCAGGGCUGCUGGCACCAGACGGGUACAGCAGAUGGACGGAUCGGACCAACAAAAGAGCAUGCUGGGAAGCAAAAGCUGAGAGGGAGUGUGCACCUUCUGACCCCCUGCUAACAUGAGCUCAAAGGUACUGUGGCCCUGUGACGGACCGGCGAGCUCUGCUCAGACUACUAGUGUGAUGAAAUGCCAGCUUACAGCCAGCCUUGAACAGGAUGAAGGUGAUACAGAAGAUGGAUGGCUGGAUAACCUCAGUCAUUCCUCCUACUGAAGGAUGACAUGUGCUUCUAAUAUUUUUGUGCAUACAGAGAAAGCCUACAGGCGACGCAAUCAUCCUGCUUUGCUUUUGAUCAUACAUCUUCCAGUGUGACUGCAC